AUGAGUCUGUCCUACUGUAGUUCUCCAUGCGCGAACCACUGUCCACCCCAUCACCAGGCCAUUCUCAACGUAUGCCCACCACAUCUCCUCCACAGCAACGAAGCGCCGACAGAGGCGCUGACCAAAGACGUCCAGCGCUGCAUCGGGGACGCUUUUCAAGAGAUAUUCUGUCUGGACGUUGAGCGUGCACAACUCCAGUCCACCAUCCAGCGCCUCGAAACCCGCCAGAUAGUCCUCUACAACUUCAUUGACAUGCACAAACCCGUUAUUGCGCCGGUCCGGAGACUUCCGAGCGAAGUCCUCUGCGAAAUCUUCUUUCAUUAUGUGGUGUCGACUGGGAAAUAUCAGCAAACCAACUUUACCCCAUUCACUUCCGUUUGCCGCAGAUGGCGCGACAUUGCUUCAACCUACCCUCGAUUGUGGCGGACCCUCCGUGUUGAUUGUGCUUCCAACAACUGCUACCCUGGGUACUGCUUUUGCGAGACAAGGACAUGGCACCUUUUGCAGCGCUCUAGUUCCGUCCCUCUGAAUAUCGAGAUCAACUCGUAUUCAUCAACUUCAGGCUCUGGCAGGCUGCUUAGUUCGCUGCUCUCCCAAUCCAAACGAUGGGGGUCCGCCACCCUCACUAUCAAAGCCGAGCUAUACGACAACUUGUUUGUUGGCCGAGCAAUUGAAUUACCUCAACUUAAAUGCCUUUCGAUUGCUUUUAUCCGGCCUUAUGGAUUGCAUUCGAAUGAAAUCGUCCCAUUUAUUCGCUCCCUCCACUCCCUUCAAGAGCUCGCACUACACAUGAACUGGAACCGUGGCCCAACAGCGCUGAAAUCUAUAUGGGGUCGUUUGCGUAAAUGCGUUUUGCGUGCUUGUCUUUUAGAUGAUGUUCUCCAAGCGCUGCCUGCGCUAGCAGCCCACGCAUCCGUGUCUCUCUUAUCAUGUCAAAUUCACGGCAGUGCCAUCCCAUUGCUGGAAACUCCCCUCGACUGCCUUGUUUCUUCCCUAUCAUUCGAAGAAUGUGGCGAAGACUUCGUAGCGACCAUUAUGCGAUCUCUGACGACGCCAUUUCUGAAUCGACUUGCCGUAUCUGGCUUCGCAAACACCGGGCUCCUCGUAGAUUUACUAUUACCUCUGCUGAGCCGCUCCGAUAAUGGUCUCACGCAUCUUGCGCUGGACUUGCCAUAUACGGUCCUUGCAAUGACCGACCUCUUCGUUCUUUUCGACUCCCCAAAUACCAAGUCACUGAUCGACCUGGAACUGAAAUGCAAUGGCUUGAUGUCCACGGCCCUGAUGCAGUCCCUGACAAAAUGGGCCAACGCAGCUCCCCGAUUGCAUACGCUGGCGUUUCGCGGUUGCCAGAACUUGGACGAAGUUUGUUUGUUGGAUCUGCACACCAAGCGGAAGGGAGUCUUGCAUGAGCUGUGGUUGAUGUCGGAUGUCCCCAGCAUACCGCCCAUGAUAUCAGACACCACCCGGGAUGUUUUGAGAGCUGGCGGGUUGGAGGUGGGGUACUUCAUGGAGAAGGAAUCACCAUUCUACUAG